AUGUACAGUACACCAAAUCUUUUUUUGCGAUAAUGCUUCCUCAACAAGAGAUAAUGCAAAUCCUGUUUAGAAAGUCCAAGGUUCUCUCCCAGCACCCAGGCCUCCCGUGAAUGACUGAGAGUAGAGUCGUCUCUGACUCCAAACCAUGUGAGGCGAUGAUGUAUGGUCUUGCUCUUUUCCAUUCUGUCUGUACCUUUGAGAUCACACCAUUCCCUUGCAAACGAUGAAAGGUGGAAAAUUGAUGGGAGACUUUAACCACUAACAUAAAUGUGUGUCAAAGACCUUCCUCUCAGAAAUAGUGUCUAUAAAAUGUGUUUUAUAGUUUAUCUACACCUGGAAAGAAAUCUCCACUUGUUUAGAUUCUACAGGAAGCAGUUCAUUUUGCAUUGAGCAUAACGCUAUAGUAGUUUAUCAGUGUAUCUGAACAGGUUAUCUGAAGUGGGCCUGGACAGUCUUUUUGAUCAGAAAAACACUUCCAUUAUUUCUUUAUCUCUGUAUGUGUUACCUUAGUUUCUCUGAGUCCUGGUUAAGGGUGGGCAAGUGUAGAAAGUCUACAGGCCUGGGAUAGUUUGUCUCUUUCUGCUGUGACGAAUCACCACUGUGACAUAAGCACGUCCUGUGGAUGAAUCACUAUGGACUUAAAUGACUGGAUGCAUGUCUUUGUCCAUUUUCCUUUUAUUUCUCUUGACAUAAUUUAAAUUGUGUUUUUAUCUGUUUCAGGGGCUAGCACUCAAUCAGUGUCUACUUUUUAUUUUUCCACAUGAACAAAAUAAACCUUUAGAGUUGUUAGACAAAUGCAUACUGUUUGUAUCAGUCCUCUUCAUCUGAACUGCUCUCCUCCACCCUGUCACUCGUGUUAAACCUGUUCUUCCAACCGUUCACAUUGUGUAACAUGAAAGCGCUUCUCUCAGUAAGCACACCAACAGGAAAUGGGGACAAAUGUUCCUAAGGUUAUUCAUUUGUUUCAUACAGGAAAAUAAGGAAUCACCUUUGUAUUUGAUCCUGUGAAUGUUUCAUAUGAUGUGCAAAUAGACAUUGUGACACUAAACAAAUCCUUGCUUCAUGACUCAUAAGAUUAAGGUUCUGCCCUAUCCUUUAGCUUUGCAACUUAAGAGCAACAUUGACAUUUCGUAUGCUUCACAAACUGGUCUGUCGAACAGGUGGACCUGUUAGGACAGGAUAAACAUGUUUGAGCUUUCCUUCAAAUGAAAAAUAGACUUGGUUGAGUUUUAAGGGUUUACUAGUGUUCUAAUGUCUAGGCCUACUGCUUUUUGGUACAAUUGUAUAUCAUUUUUGUCGAUAGCAAUAUUAAAGUAUGAACAUCAAAUAUGUGGCCAAUACUCACCAGUAGAGAAGCAGUACAAAAUCAUGUCUUAAGUCAGGAAAAAUAAAUGAAGAAUGUAGCCUAUACUUGUACAAAAUAUUAUUAAAAAGCCUUAGCCAGUGAAAUAUGUUCGUUCAAACCGUUUUCUGUUACAUACUGUAAGAACUCAACAUUUGGAAUGCUAACGUGCCAAAACGCUUUGGCAGGCUAUUAAACAGAAAAAGUAGACCUGUCAUGUGCGUAAAAGGUGUGCCUUGUAAAAGUCUAACAUGUCCCGGCCCCGCUGAUUGCUUUCGUUGACAUAUCAUCAGUACCACGUUGCCUCUCUACAUGAGAGCGGCCAGUUGGCUACAGUCAAAGUAUUCCACACCGUGAGACGGGCAGCAGCAAGUCUGCAGUCCUCAAUUGACAGGCGCACGUUUGUCGGCACCGGAUCCCAACGCAGCAGCCCACUAAAAAUAAAAAGGAAUUCUACCUAUGGUAAAGUCUUUCUCAUUCUCUCUGUCUUCGUCUCGCUCCCUGUCUUUCUCCCCCUCUCUCCACCCUUCCCUCCCUCCGCCCUCUCCAGAAGCCUUCUUGUGUUGGCCGUAACCAGGACGACAGCGCCAGGGGCACCAGCAGCCGCAGCAGACCUGAGGCCGUGGCGCGGAGAUGGCCUCCAUCGCAGACUUCUACGCCGGCAAGAGCGUUCUGAUCACGGGCGCCACAGGCUUCAUGGGCAAGGUGCUGGUGGAGAAGCUACUGCGCUCCUGCCCUGAGGUCCAGGCCCUGUACGUCCUGGUCAGGCCCAAGGCUGGCCAGUCCAUGCAGGAGAGGGUCAGCGACAUGAUGAAGUGCAAGCUGUUUGACCGUGUACGUGAGGACAACCCAGACUUCCACCAGAAGAUAGUUCCCAUCAGCAGUGAGCUGACGCAGCCUGGCCUGGCCAUCAGUCCGGAGGACGUGGAGAGGCUCACUGCCUGCAUCAACGUCGUGUUCCACUGCGCCGCCACCAUCCGCUUCGACGAGCCUCUCAAGCACGCCCUGCAGCUGAAUGUGAUCGCCACUCAGCAGCUCCUGUCUCUGGCCAAGCAGAUGCAGCACCUGGAGGCCUUCAUCCACAUCUCCACCGCCUAUGCAAACUGCAACCGCAGGCACAUCGACGAGGUCAUCUACCCCCCGCCUGUCGAGCCGAAGAAGCUCAUUGACUCCCUGGAGUGGAUGGAUGACAGUAUUGUGCGUGAUAUCACCCCUCGCCUCAUAGGGGACCGUCCCAACACCUACACCUACACCAAGGCCCUGGCCGAGUGUGUGGUCCAGCAGGAGAGUGACAAGAUCAACAUUGGCAUUAUCAGGCCCUCCAUAGUGGGGGCCAGCUGGCAGGAGCCUUUCCCUGGCUGGAUCGACAAUUUCAACGGACCAAGUGGAGUCUUCAUUGCGGCUGGGAAGGGGAUCCUGCGCACCAUGAGAGCCAACAACGACGCCGUGGCAGACCUCAUCCCUGUGGACGUGGUCAUCAACUUGACCCUGGCCGCAGGCUGGUACACGGCAGUGCACAGACCCAAGUCAGCCCUGGUGUACAACUGCACAACAGGAGGCAUCAACCCUUUCCACUGGGGAGAGAUCGAGCACCAUGUGAUGUCCACCUUCAAGAGGAACCCUCUGGAGCAGGCUUUCCGGAGGCCCAACGCCAACAUCACCUCCAACUACCUGAUCAACCAGUACUGGAUCCUGGUUAGCCACAAGUUCCCUGCCCUCAUCUACGACUUCUACCUGCGGCUGUCUGGACAGAAGCCACAGAUGAUGCGCAUAUUCAACCGGCUCCACAAGGCCAUCGGACUGCUGGAGUACUUCAGUAGUCAGGACUGGGAGUGGAACUCCGACAAUAUGAACAUGUUGAUGAGUCAACUAAGCCCGGAGGACAGGAAGACGUUCAACUUUGACGUCCGCCAGCUGAACUGGCCAGAGUACAUUGAGAACUACUGUAUCGGUACUAAAAAGUAUGUUCUGAAUGAAGACAUGUCAGAUAUCCCUGCUGCCAGACAGCACCUGAGGAAGUUGAGGAAUAUCCGUUACACUUUCAACACCCUGGCGCUGGUCUUUUUCUGGAGGGUGUUCAUCGCCCGCUCCCAGAUGGCCCGCAACAUCUGGUACUUUGUCGUCAGCCUCUGUUUCAAGUUCCUCUCCUACUUCCGAGCCUCUAGUACUCUCACCAACUAACUGACCAGCAGCAACAGCCAACGAGACAGCACCUUUCGACCCCUCUCUGCCCCCUCUGCAGCACACGCCACCCCCAGUCCAACCAAGAUGACCUUCUUAGUGUAGGUGGUAAAACAAGGGGGACAGAAGAGGAGUUAAUGAAGUAUUAGGAGGGAAAGAGGUAUAUUAUUAGCCAUGAAAUGUAUUCAUUUCAACAACAAAUAUCAGAAUCUGCACUGUUCAUUCACCCAACCCCCUGUAGUUCAUACAAAGUAAAGUGUCUCCACAUCAAAUUUAUAAUUUUUAUACCUACACUUUUUUUUUAAGCAACUGAUUAUAUAUGCAACUAAAGAUCCUUCACAAUAUCCUGUACUUUUCUUCUUUUCUUCUGCUUUCUCCAUGUUUUCUGUCACACUGUCUGUCCUCUCAAAUCAUGAUAUAUUGCCUUGGAAAUUGUAAUAACUUUAGUUUUUUUCUUAUUUUUGCAUACUUGAAAUUAGUCUGUGCUCCACAAUUUGGCACUUUCUGUACAUGAAUCAUUAAUGGUAUGAAAUCUUAAAAUAUCCAUGGUCUCUCUUUUCUAAAGAUGGGUGAUUUUGGGACAGUAUUAAUUUGCCUUGUAUGUGCUGCCUAUUUAAGACACACACACUAACAGGCUGUAGGUUAUACCAUUUCAACAUUUUAGAUAGCAACGGUUAGUUGUCGGCCCUAAAUCUAAAUGUACAGUCGACAGCGACUGUAACACUACAAAGACCUGGCCAAGUUAGAGUUAAUACAUGUCUUACUGUUGAUGGUUGUAAUGAACUACUAUCACUACUGAUAUAUCAGUAUGUCAUUUCACAUACAGUGUUAGACUCCUUGUUUGUUUUGAUGCUCAUUCACCUUUUGCCUGUUUGUACAGAAGUUUCUACUGAGGCGAGGGUUACUACUUUUUCAUAUUUUUAAAUUAUUGCAUCAAACAAAGGCUAGUCUAAUGUAAGUUGUUCAUGGUGAGGGAUUAUACAUAAUUACGCAUAAAACACAGUUUUGUGCAUAUUUAGUGUAAAUAUUUGAAGUUCUAUAUUAUUCUUAUAUUUUGUACCUACCAAAAAGAGAAAGGGUGUCAUUCCGUUAGGAGCUUGUCUGUUCUAUCACAGAGCUUCCCAAAAAAUGUACCACAAGUGUUAGCGUGACAGCAAACCAGUAUUCAUAAAACAAAUGAAGAAAUGUAUGCAGAGUCUUUGUACAUUUGAUGUAUCGACUCUUGGCAGACUAAUUGAUAUCUUGAAGUGAAAACAAAUUGAGAAAGAUAACCCAAAACCCAUCUUCAGAAAUGAAAUACUACAUUUUUGUAUGCUAAGCUAGUUUUUGGGUGCAAACAUGGUGACUGUUCUUUCCUGAUUUCAGGAAGGGACCAUGACCCAACCCAUCCAACCCAAUUAUCAUGCUAUGGAUCUUAACUGUGAAGUAGCAUCAGAAAGGGAUCAACAUAACAUCCAGCUUGUUAGUGAAGUUUGUUCUUAUGUGUGUGUCCUGUUGACAAAAAAAAAGUGGUGUACAUGCUUUUGGAUGCAUUGUAAAAGCGGGUGAAACCAGAGGUGGACUGACACUUCCUAACAACCACACCUGCGCGCCACAUGAUUUUUGUCUCAUAAAUGUUUUUCUAAUACCAUUUGCAAAAUGUCCAGUCACCCUCUGUCUGUGGCUCUGAAAGGACUUAAUUUAAGUCUGCUUGACAAAACUUUAAUAAAAUCUAAGAGAACAAACAUACUAGUGUGCUAUACGUUAUGCUCAAUUAUCCUGUCCUAGUAUGUGCAAUAGUUUGUCUUUUUUUACAUGCUAGUUACAUACUAUUACCAGCAGUAAUAGUAUGUAACUUAAUCAAAGUGUUCAGUUUCUGAAAGCAAGACUUUCGAAGAACAUACCAAGAGAGGGUUCCUGUUUGUAAACCAUAUUGUCUUAAUCAUAAUUCAAAAAUCUGAAUAAAUUACAACCUGGGGUACAUGGUGGUGUAGACAGCUGGCCUACAAACCAUUUUGACAAAAAGAAGACAUUAAAUUCUCCACAUUGACAAUGUUAUCAAAGGACAUUUUGGGUCCACAAUGUAGGCUAGACAACUUCAACAGCAGUCAACUAUCAUCCUCAUGGUUAUUUUUAUAGUUUUAUUUUUAGGUCAGCAUUCACAUGUUGAUGUGUAGCUGUAGAAUCUCUUUAAACUGUGGCUGAAUAAAAGUAAAAAACCACCUUA